AUGCUGAUAGCCGAUUUGUUUUUACGAUACCGGAAGCGUUUCCGAGUUGCGAUUUUCGCUUUGUUACUCAUCACUCCAAGUCAGUCCUCGAAGGCACCAAAUGGAUGUCCAGAGGUUGCCACCGCCUUGGCGAAAAACCCGAGCUUGGAUGUCCUAGUAAAAGAGCCUAACUUCCUGCCAAACGCAGUGAAAUGUCUUCAGGAAACCAUAAGAUUAAUUGGAGAAACCGACUGGAAAACAGUUCAAGCAAUGAUGCCACCGGAGAUUACAAAAUUUAUCCACAAUAUCGGCCUGCACAUAAUGGGUAACGCCAAAGCGUAUGCUACAGGAGCGGGGUUGGUUUUUAUGUCAGUGUAUCUCUGCUACAAGGGCGCUGAACUAUCGGUGGAGGCAAAAGAUCUCGCACUGAAACACGAGAAGUUUCAGGAGGAGUUCGACUUGCUAGAACAAGAACUGAUUCAAAUCAGAUCUUUCAUAGCCACGGACAUUGUGCUACAAUGGAAAACUGGUAAUACUGUUCAAAUGGUAAAGAAUAUUGAAAAGCUGAUUGAAAAACUGGAUCGCUCCUUUACAAUACUUAAGGAAUUGGCUAACCAGAUCCGCCACAAUGCCAAGAAGUGUGAGAGUGGUAAAGCAUGGUCUGUUUUUUACGGAGUACUUGCCACUGGCGCUUGUGCAGGUGCGAUCUGUACGGGGAAUUCAGGGGUGUACACUACUGUUUGCGGUGUCAGUAUUGGUACAAUCUGUUUCUCCUGCAACACCUAUACAACGAAUGACGAGACUCUGGAAAAGUCUGCGCGUCUGCGACAAGACGCAAAGGACUGGCGAAUGGAAAUCGCAAAGUACCGCGCUAACCUCGAUAUUGUCAAGAUGAAGCUGGAAAUGUAUUAA